AUGACAUGCAAUAUUCUUGCCAGUUGUCAAGAAUCUGAAACUUUGCCACAACAAAAUGUUUCAUCCAGCAAAAAUGUUGAAGUAAUUAGUCGCAAUAUAAAUCUUGAAGAUUUUACUGUUAUUUGGCUUGAUGCAAACAUUAAUAAAUCAGAAGACUGUCUAAAUACUAAAGUUCAAUUGCGCAGCAUUAUUAAUUAUAUAAAAACAUUUGAUAUGAUGGAUGAUUGUAUUGACUGCAUAAACGAAUAUUAUACAGAGAAAAUAUUUUUUAUUAUCUCAGGUGUACUUGGUGAACAAUUGGUGCCAAAAAUACAUAACUUAAAACAAAUUCAGUACAUAUAUAUCUAUUGUUUAGAUAAAGAUAAACAUGAACAAUGGAUAUCUAAUUAUGCUAAGAUUCAAGGUGUAUUUACGGAUCGAAAUACAUUAUGUUCAACAUUGAAACAAGAUGUUAUUGAACGAACAAAAAAUACAAAUAUAGUUGAAAAUUCACUACGUAAUUUAAAUGAAAACAGAACAUCCUUAUUAUGGUUUGAAAUACUUUUAGAAGUUCUUAUUAGAAUGGAGUAUGAUAAAAAAGAUAAAGCAGAUAUGAUUGAACAAUGUCGUUUGUAUUAUUCUGAUAAUGAAUCAGUACUAAAGGAUAUUGACGAAUUCGAUCAAAAUUAUACGCCUGAAAAUGCUAUUUCUUGGUAUACACGUAAUUCAUUUGUGUUUCGACUAUUGAAUAAAGCAUUUCGAACAGAAAAUAUUGAUAUUAUAUUUAUUUUUCGUUUCUUUGUUAAAGAUUUAUAUAAACAAUUAAAAGAAUUAAAUGAAGAGUUUUUAAAAUUUUUGGAAGACUUAGACAUAUUUAAUAUUAUUCUCUAUCGUGGACAACUCAUGACUUAUGAUGAAUUGCAAAAGCUUCAAGAAAAUAUUAAUGGUCUUGUAUCGAUGAACACAUUCGUAUCGACAUCAAUGGAUAAAGAAGUGGCUGAAAUGUAUGCUGGUGAUGGUUUACGUAGACCACAGUUCGAAUCUAUUCUAUUUGAAAUCAAUAUUGAUCUGAACAUUCUCAUCAAACCUUUAGCAAAUAUACAAGAACAUAGUUAUUUUAAAGAUGAAAAUGAAAUACUCUUACCAAUUGGAUCACAGUUUCAAAUUAAAUCUAUUGAAAAUAUUAAUAAUAACAUAUGGUAUGUACAAUUAGAAUCAAUGAAUGAAACUGAUACUAAAAUAAAACAAUUGAAUAAUUAUCUAAAAAAUACAAUUGGUGAAGAACCAACAAUGAAAAAAUUUAUCCAUAUUUUGGAAUUAAUGGGAGAUGUAGCUAAAGCAGAAAGAUAUAAAACACUCUUACAAAUUGAAAAUAGUGAAGCGACUAUAGAAGAAUUGGAAGAAAUGCUAAGAGAUAAUGAUAAUCUUAACAAUAAUACAUAUACAAUAUUACUUGAUAAAAUAGCUGAAAAAUAUUUUAGAAGUGGUGAUUAUUCGUCUGCAAUUAAAAACUAUCAAAAAUUAAUCGAAAUAACGCUUGACAAAAAUGUGAAAGCUUAUGGUUAUCAACAGAUAGGAGAAAUUUUCAAUGAAAAAAAAGAUUAUCAUGAAGCUCUAGAAUAUUAUCAAAUGUCACAUACAAUUCUGUUUGAUUUAGAAACAGAAGCAAGAAAUAAGCGAUUGCUCGUAGACUUGUUUCUAGCAAUGAGUGAAACUUUUCAUAAUCUGAAAGAUUAUGAAAAUGCCUUAGUUUUUGCAGAACUUGCAUUGAAAAUUAUUCACAAUCAUUUACCAUCUGGUCAUCCUGAUAUAUUAACAGUAUACGUAUGGAUUGGAGAUCUUAGCAAAAAGAAUGGUAAUUAUCAAGCUACGUUAACUUAUUAUAACAAAGCAAUUGAAUUAACGCUUUUAUAUUUACCAGCAGAUAGUACAUAUAUUGCAAAAAUUUAUGCUUCGAUAGCAUUAGUCUAUGCAAAAUUAAAUGAUAAAGAUCAAGCACUUUCAUAUUUUAAAAAAGCAAUUGAUAUUCCAUUGUUUAGUUCAACAUAUUUAACGAGUUAUUUAAGAACAAAUGAUUUAUUUGAUACUCUUAGACUAACAGAUAAUGUUAACAUUGAUGUCGAGUUGGAUUUGUAUGAAAAAAACUAUGAAAUUAGUAGAAAAUCUCGUCAACCGUUUUCAAGCAAAGCAAACAGUGCCUUAGAUUGUAUCAUAUUAGGAUCGUUACACUUUCGGAGAGAGAAUUAUGAGACAGCCAUAAAAACAUAUGAAAAAGCGUUAAUGCUGAUGGAAAAAGAUGAUAAACUAUUAUUUAAUAACUAUGAUCUCAAAGCACAAAUUUAUUAUUUUAUUGCAAAUCUCUAUUGUAAACAAGAAGAUGAAUCGCGUGCAUUGACAAAUUUUUUAAAAGCUAUUGAAAUGUACACUUGUUCACAAAAUUUCAAAGAAAUAGCAGUUUGUUAUAUAAAACGAGCACAAAUAUUCUAUUCUCUAAAUAAUAUUGAAGAAGCUUUAAUGAAUUAUGAAAAUGCUCUACAUUCAAAAUUACAAAUAUUUGCAGAGAAUGACAUCGAUCUUAUUGAUCUGUAUAUAGAAAUUGGAUCAAUUUAUUUCAUCAUUUUCACGACUAGCACAAUUCAAAUUAAAAUAGACUUUUGUUGUCAAAUGAUAAUGAAAUAUUUAGAAAAAGCUGCAGAAAUUUAUAAUAACUCAUUAAUAUCAUUUACUCCAAAAUUUGUCUUAGUUUACAAGUUAUUGGGUAAUGUAUACGUUUAUUUGAAAUGUUAUAAAUUAGCUUUAUUCAACUAUGAAAAAGCUGUCACAAUAGCCUUGGAAAGGAUAGAAGAAAAUGUUGAUACUCUACAACAUCUUUAUAUCGAUAUUGGACGGAUACAUGUGUCCAUUUUAGAAAUGAUCGAUCAAGAUGAAAAUGAAAAUAAAUAUCAUUUUCAAGCAGCUGUGAUCAACUACGAAAAAGCAAUUGAAUUGCAUAGAAACUUUUGCAUACCAUACAAUUCACAAUCGGUUUUAAUAUAUAAAGAACUGGGUGAUUUGUAUUACAAUUGUGAUCAUGACUCGUACGCUAUAAAUAAUUA